CCGUGACUGGACCCAAGAUAAAAUGAAAUGUCAAUGACUGCAAACCCUCGCUCCAAACCGACUGCCCUGUGAUUCACUUGCCUGUCUCUUCCAAUCCGGGGAGAUCAUGGCUUUCCGGCGCCCUCAGAUGCUGUCAAAGACGGCAUCAAUGCCUUUCCUUUCGGCGGCUAGCCGCACUUCUCGAUUGGCGACCUCUCUUCCCCGAUCAACCUUCUGCACUUCCAGGGCUUCGUCCAGCUCAACUUCCGCAUUGGCCUACAAGGCUCUGCACCGACGUUCCCCUCUCACGCUCCCUGUAGCGGAUAUUUCUCCGCAAUGGGACGCACCUACGGCUGUCUCGUCAAUUCUCUAUGAGACUCCUUCUCGACCGACCAACCCACCCAAGCGUCAUAUUCUGAACUGCCUGGUACAGAACGAGCCCGGUGUGCUCUCCCGUGUCGCUGGAAUUCUGGCUGCUCGUGGAUUCAACAUUGACAGUCUCGUUGUAUGUAACACUGAGGUGGAGGACUUGUCUCGCAUGACUAUCGUGCUGCAGGGCCAGGAUGGUGUUGUUGAACAGGCUCGUCGCCAGCUAGAUGACCUCGUCCCCGUCUGGGCUGUCCUUGAUUACACGGAUUCUGCGCUCGUGCAGCGUGAACUACUCCUGGCCAAGGUCAGCAUCUUGGGUCCCGAGUUCUUCGAGGAGUUACUUCAGCAUCACCGCGAAAUUACCACCCCCGUCGACUCCAUGGACGGACACAAGAAGAGCAACGAUGGCAAGACCUCCCAGGCCGAGGAAUACCACCCCCGUAACCUUCCUAGCAGCCAGGCCCUCCGACACAAACAUGAGCACCUGGAUGCGAUUACACGAUUGACCCACCAAUUCGGCGGCAAGGUGUUGGAUAUCAGCACUAACAACUGCAUUGUUGAACUUUCCGCUAAGCCCAACCGUAUUGACUCCUUCAUGAAGCUCAUUUCGCCCUUCGGUAUCCUCGAGUCCACUCGAACCGGCCUCAUGGCUCUGCCCCGGUCUCCUCUUUUCGAGGCCAACGACGAGAUGGAAAAGGAUGCCGCGGACGUUGUCGACGCUAGCACCCUUCCUCCUGGUUAAGAUAAUGCGCAUUAUUGCAAUUUAAAAGCGAGGCUUGUUUCUUCUUGCAAUCCAUUCCUGUAAUAUCGUGCAUUUCCCACCUCGGUCCAAUUUUGGAUCUCUCACCCGGUUGUAUAUCUCUACCUACCUUAAGAUGCUAGUAAUCACCUUGUUGCGAAUAAUUACAAUCAGUCACUGAAUCAUUGGCUGAACAUAAAGAGUGGAUUUGUCUUAGGCCAUCAUGUGUGCAAUGGUUACCGCAACAUUCAUAUCCAGGGAAAACGGUUCGAAGAAAGAUUUAACCCCUAUUUAUUGGCAGUUGUUACCAAAUAAACGCCUCCAAUUGAAUGUUCUCCAACGCUUGUCUUUAAAAUAAUUGAAUCACAGCGUAACUUUCGCCUUGAUCCCCUUGCCACGGUAAUGUAUAGUCUCGUUAUAAUUCCCAAUCCGAACGCCAACCUUUGCUAUAGUAUCUAGGUCAAGUGAACCACCAACAGCUCUCUUGACAGC